AUGCUUCUUCGAUUCUUGAUUCUCUCUUUUUUAUGUUCGAAUUGUUGUAUUCUGGCAGCAAAAGAGACUCCAUGGUAUUAUCCUAUUAUUGAGAUUCUACAAGCGAAAUUGGUGGAUUUUACAUGUUCUCAAGAAUGCACGACUACAAUGGACUGUGAUACUGGCUUGAGUUGUUUCCACGCGAGUACCUAUUCCAAAGGAUGCUGUUUGAUGGCUCUAAAACCAAAUGAGACAGGAUGUAUGAUCGAGGAUCAAUGCAAACAAGCCUGUGAAAGUACAAUCUGCGAUAGAUCCCAGUUUCCAUCACGAUGUCUUUGUGAGAAAGGACGUCAUUUUCUUUUCAAUAAAUGCUGGAAGAAAUGUCCCGAUUUCGCCUAUCCAGAACCAAUAAUCGACGAUCGUGGAUUCAGUCGAUGCGAACUAAAAACGGAUUUGAACACUGCUGUCCAGUACAUGCGCCGAAACAAACGACAGAUGAGAAAUAAUUUUUGUUAA